AUCAUAUGCCUGAACAAAAAACACCUACAUGAUGCUAGCUGGUUCUUGAAACACCAGGAAAAUAAGUGGUUAAAGAAAAUUUAUUCCGAAAAACUAAAUGCUGUGACAGCUCUAAAGGAAACAGAGGUGCCUUUUUGGUGUCGGCCCAAACGUUAUCAAUGAGGUACAGAGGAGCUCAGAUCUACAUCUGGGUUCGAGGCUCAUGCUGUCUGUCUCGGUCCCACCUGGCGGCCCGAACUGCUCUGGUUCAGCCCUACAGCUCUGAACCGCCGUCUCGACCUUCUCCACCUCCUCCACCCACUGACCCCUUUCCUCUUGUACAGAAAGGUACAGGUGAGGUGUUGAAGGAGCGCAGCCUGUCUGCCCUGCAGCAUGCAGGAGAGUUGGGGCGGCAGUGGAGCCAGAGGUCGGCGCAGACGGCCACCGCCACUAUGAACUACUGGUGGGGGAGAUACGAGGAGUUUGUGGGGCUGAACGAAGUCCGUGAGGCUCAGACCAAGGUCACAGAGGCUGAAGCAGCGUUCAUGGUGGCCAGAGGAAUCGUGCGUGAGGCGCACACCAGCCUGGAGGCGCUGCAGGGCCGCCUGAAGGAGGUCAGAGACCGGCUGGACCGCGUCUCCAGGGAGGAGGCUCACUACCUGGAGCUGGCCACGAUGGAGCACAAGCUGCUGCAGGAAGAACGGCGUCUCCGGACUGCGUAUGAGAACGCCGAGAGUUUGGAGAGGGAAAAGUUCGGCCUGUUUUCGGCGGCGGUGAGGGAGAGUCACGAGAAGGAGAGGACGAGAGCGGAGCGCACCAAGAACUGGUCCAUCAUCGGCUCUGUGCUCGGAGCCCUGAUUGGGGUCAUGGGGUCAACGUAUGUCAACCGCGUCCGCCUUCAGGAGUUGAAGAAUCUUCUUCUUGAGGCCCAGAAAGGUCCGGAGAGUCUGCAGGCGGCGCUGAAAGUCCAGGCUGGGAACCACCAAACCCAGCAGGACCAACUAGGCGAACUCAUCGACAGCCUGCGGGUCACUCUGGCUGACGCCUUCAACAGCGCCCCCCAGGGGAAAGGAGGACCCACCACAGCCUCGCCUGCCGUUUCUCUUUCUGCCUCUAAAGACCUUCAGGUCCAGAACCAGAAGACAGAAUCUCUGCUGGCGUCGCUGGCGGCCCAAUUGGGUCGGCUUCAGCUGGGCGUCAGUAAGGUGGACGGCGAACUGCUGGCGGUGCGGAAGCUUCUAGAGACCGAACCGCAGACCCAAACCCGAGCCGCUGGCCCUCAGGGAGCAGAGAGACGGGAGGCGGUGGCGAGACGCCUGGAGGACACCAGGAGGACGCUGGGGGACGGAAUCAGGAUGAACAUGGUUUACAACGCCGUGUUCAGCUACACCGCCGCCGCCGUUACCAUCACUGCUGUGUACCUGCUGCUCCGGGGAACUGGUUGAACUGGACCUGGACUGGUUUAUGACGAGUCACAAUAAUAUCAGUUAAUUAUGAGCUUCCUGUUGAAGCAGAUGGCUGCAUCUGAAACUUCAUGGUAACUGGAGCACCAAGACUUGCAGCUAUUUAUCAUGUCCAAUCACUGAUUACAAUAUUAAACCAUCAAAUCUUCCAUCAGAUCAUAAAGGAAAAUCUUCAUAUUUCCAGGGAAAUAUCUAAUCUGUCAUUUAUUACCCCUUGUUUUGCUUUUUUUAACUCAAUGAUGUAACCAUUCUGAUCCAGAGCAAGUUGCAGGCUGCCACUAGGGGGCAGGCUUCCGUCUCAAUCAGCUACUGCUUCUUAUGUAGUGAUUGAUCAUCCUCUCUCCAAAUGCAGUUAAAUUAAUAAGUUUGACCUUUAACCUGCCGAAUGUUUCUGACUUCAAACUAAUUUAUUUGGUUUGGAUGAAACAAUCUAACCCAAACCCGAACCCCUAACCAUUCCAGCUGACUUGAGGAACAUUUUUGAAUGAACAAAUCAUUGAUUUUAGGAUUUUUCUAAAGAAUAACUGCACGACUGACUGGUAUAUUCCCAGUUAAUCCAAUAAUUUCACAUCAGCUCCAGGGGACCAGGGCAGCAGAAACAGCUUCUCUGGAGAUGAAUGACGUUGAAAAUCUCUCACAGGGCCCUUUAAUUCAGAUAAAUGUAUGAAAAACAUUUUUGGCUCUGUAGAUUUUCUGUUUGCUGCAGCAGAACCUCUCAGAUCCUGGAGUACUUGAACAUGUGAGAAGUUUCUGACAUCAUGCACUGGUAUAUUAAAAGGUUGAAUGGAAAUAACUCA